UAGUCCAGCACCUUAUUGUCACUUGUAGUUAUAGGAUUAGUAAAUCCCUAGUUAUUUUSCUAAGACAUCGGCCUGGCAGAACAUUGGGAAAGUCUCUCUUCACCUAGCUCAUUAUCACCAAAACUUAAACAUUUGAAUUGCGCAUUGGAAGAYCUCAUCAAAAAAUGUUUAAAAAAGUUAUUCUUUGGAGAAUGAAGGAGCAAAUGUGGMUUUUCUCUGCUGUUUGGAUUCUUKUCAUGAUCAAGUUCUGUCAAGCAGACUGCUCUGCUUCGCUUGGAAUGACUUCACGCGCCAUUAAAGACCACCAAAUCAAGGCUUCGUCRUCGUUCUCAAUAUAUACCAAACCAAAUACAGCGAGACUCCGGAACCAAUGGGUUUCUGGUCAGACAGACUUUGGUGGAUGGUGUGCAGAAGAUACCGAUGAAGCUCCAUAUUUACAGAUAGACUUCCAAAGGGAGACUGUAGUUCGUAAAUUAGCUACACAAGGACUGCAAUACCCGACAGGGAACUGGGUCAUAMAGUAUGCUGUCAAUCACAGUUGUGAUGGAUACCGCUGGUCAGUUUAUGAAGAAGACAAGAAACAAAAGGUCUUUAAAGGCAACAAAGAUGACUCAUCUGUGCAGCGAAAUGUCCUCAAACGUCCCAUUAUUGCAAGAUUUAUUCGCUUUCGUCCUCUAAAACACAAUGGCGUCGCCUGCAUGAGGGUUGAAAUGUACGGCUGUCAUUCAAAAUCAGAUAUUCGUUUCAGUGACUGUGGGAUACCUGUGGGGAUGGAGGACAAUAGAAUACCAAGUCUCCAAAUCAAUGCAUCGUCACAUUCCCAGAACCAUCUGCCGUCGUAUGGUCGACUAAAUAUGCAACAAACUAUAGUCAACGGCAGCGUACGAUGGGGGGCCUGGUGCACAAGCCAAGUCCAACAACAACAGUAUUUACAGAUUGAUCUUGGUCAGGCAAGGACUGUUUCUCGUCUCGCAACCCAAGGAUAUACCACAUUAGGCUGGGUUACCAAGUACAAGCUGAACUAUAGUUUGGACGAGAGAGACUGGACUUCAUAUAAAGACAGCGCCAAUAGCACAUCAAAGAUAUUUGAUGGUAAUUGGGACGCAGACACUGUCAACGAACAAUAUUUAGAGCCAAAAAUACGAGCACGUUUUGUGCGCUUUUUGCCYACAGCUUGGAAAACRCCUGGUAGYAUCUGYAUGCGMGUUGAGRUUUACGAAUGCUUAUAUUACGACGGGUGCCCAAAACUGGAAACGACACUUAAACCAACUGGUUCCCAGGCUUUUUCCACGAACACACCAAGCCCAACUCAUAGAACCAAAGUACCAGCGAGCCAAUCAGAUAACGUAMAAGAGCACCUUAAUUCAAUAGGCUACAUUAACCUCGCGGGAAAAUUAAUACUGUUUGUAUGUUUUAUAUGUAGCUUUCUUUUACGCUGAUAUAUUUUAAUGCAUUGUAAAUUUAUUUUUAUUUAUAUUACCGAGUGAUUUUAUCUGCUCAAACUUCGAACUUUACAUGUACAGAAGCUUAGUAACAAUCCACGAGUUAUUAGAAACAAUACUGCCUCAAUGGAGGUCGCCAGAAAAAAAGUCAAAUAACCCGUGAAGAAAGAAUACAAAAACUAAAAGCGUGUGCUUAUACUAUUGUCCAGUCUCUAUUUUUAGCCGUAAAUCGUGAAAAUUGUUUUAGUGUUUGCACUUAGACAAAUAUUUUUAAUAAACAAGUGAAGACUUGCUUGCAUAAGAAAAAAAGGGAACCGAUUGGUGUAAUUUGCAAUGGAUUCUGCACAUGUGAAAUUGGACGUCUCAGAAGGGUUSAAUAGUUGUAAUUAUUUGUUCUAUUUUGUGUCGGACUAUCAAAGUUUGUUCACGGGUUUAGURUCUUCACUCUAUUGCGUUAGGUCGAGGCAGGUGUGCUCCUGGUCGAGGCGGAGAUACACUCAUACAUUAUAAUUGCGAAAACAUUUUGAAUCCUAGAAGAUUUAAUAUAUUGAUGUCAAAUACUGCUUGCUUAGUGUUUGAACCAUAGUUUUGAUGGUGUUAUUGAAUUCAAAGUCUUUAAUCGACCAGGGGAUUGUUUUAUUAUUCGACAAUGUUUAUAUUGCUGGUUAUAUUUACUUUCUGUACAGGUGCUACCACAGUUGUCAAUCAAAUUGUUAUAAUAAAAAAUGUUCACUGAAGAGUUACAAA